AUGUUUUCACCUGAAGGCAACAUGAAGUCGGGAUGGAAAUCAUAUGCCAGAUCAAAACUAGCACUCUCGAUAUUGGCUCAUCAUUUAAAUGGUAAAGAUGGAAUUCAUGCUAUAAGUGUUCAUCCAGGAAUAGUUCAAACAUCAUUAAGUAAACCAAUAAGUAGCAAAACCAAAAAUCUUCUGCAUAUGAUACGCUUUAAUAGAUUUACUGAUACACUGGAAGAGGCUGCUAAUAAUGUGGUCGAAGCAAUCGAAACUCAGCAUUUCACUGGUACUUAUCGGAAUGGCAAAUAUUUUAGCCGUGAAUGUCGAAUCGUUCGAUGCGCAAAAAAUGGAAGCGAAUUAGAAAAUCUUAGCAGCAAAAUGAUUCAAUUUAUUUUAAAUGAUGAUAAUAAUUAA